AGCAUUAAAUUUUUUUUCUUCUCAACUCAGUCGAAAAGAAAUAAAGUUUUCAAACUUAGUUUUAAUGUAUAUUGAGUGAGAAGUGCAUAAAAGUGUUACUAGAAUAAUACUCAUUGCACAAAGCAUAACAUAAAAAAAUUAAAUGCAAAUAUUUUAAACAAGAAAGGAAUACAAAAGAAUCAAACAAUUUGAAAAAAAGGCAAAAUAAAUUCAAAUUUUUUAUAGAUGCUGUUGGGAAAUAUAUCUGGAAAGAAAUGAUGAUGACACAUGAUGAAUGAUUUGGUGAAAGGAUAUGAAAUCAUAAGCGAUUAGCUUCGUAUCUAAAGCUAAACACUUGGUGGUCUGAUAAAUUCACGACGAUACAGCUAAAGUAGCUAAGCUUACCUUUGGAUUACGAUUGACGAUUGAAUGGUUCUUCUAAAAUAAUAAAAAACAAGAAAAAAUUGCUAUCAAUUAAAAUCUUGAGCUGUGAAAUAUUCCUUUCCACGCAGUUUUACGAAACAAAUAAGCAAUGGAUAAUCGUGUCUGAUUGGAUUCAAUUGAAAAGGCGGAGGGUCACGAUCAAGUGAGAUAAAAAAGUUUUCAAAAGAAAUAAAAAUCUCAACUCUCGUGAUAAGGAAAAGAGAAGAAAGAAGGUGAAAAAAGCAACAUUUUCUCAUCCAACACGAUCAAAAGUGAAGUUAAAUAAUGAUGGCUGUAGAGUUAUUCGGAUCACGUGUCUCAACAUGUGUCAUUUCGAUUCUUCUCAUAGUUUACGGUAGCUUUCGAAGUUUAAAUAUGGAACAAGAAGCUCGCGAAAAAGAGAAGAAAAGACAAAGUGAAAGCUCCAAUAAUUUGCUAACAGGCGAACCGGUGUCGCAUGACUCAAAUUUUCUUGGCGUAGAUUCUGGAUUUGCAACACUUGACACAACACACGCUCUAUGUUUGCCACUUGGUGCAUCGAUAUCAUUAUUGGUGAUGUUUUUCUUCUUCGAUUCUAUGCAAGUAUUGUUUGCCAUUUGUACAGCAGUCAUUGCAACAGUUGCGCUUGCAUUUCUUCUCCUCCCGAUGUGUCAAUACAUCAUCCGUCCAUGUACUGAUGGAAAUCGAAUGUCAUUCGGAUGUUGUGGACGUUUUACAGCAGCUGAAAUUUUGAGCUUUGCAAUGUCGAUUACAGUUGUGUGUAUUUGGGUGCUGACAGGACAUUGGCUAUUAAUGGAUGCAAUGGGAAUUGCAUUGUGUGUAGCAUUCAUUGCCUUUGUAAGACUGCCAAGCUUGAAAGUGUCGACACUUCUGCUUACCGGACUGCUCAUCUACGAUGUCUUUUGGGUAUUCUUUUCGUCAUAUAUCUUUAGUACAAAUGUGAUGGUGAAAGUAGCAACUCGACCCGCCGAAAAUCCUGUCGGUAUUGUUGCCAGAAAACUCAACCUUGGUGGAAUUGUUCGUGAGCCACCAAAGUUAAAUUUGCCGGGAAAAUUAGUGUUUCCAAGUAUGCACAACUCAGGACAUUUCUCAAUGUUGGGUCUCGGGGACAUCGUCAUGCCAGGACUUUUAUUGUGCUUUGUGUUACGUUAUGAUUCAUACAAGAAAUCACAAAGUUCAAUGACAGCUGAAGCCGGUGUCCCACCACCAAAGACAAUGUUGGGAUCGAAGUUGACUUAUUUUCACUGUUCCUUAUUAGGAUAUUUUCUUGGACUCUUAACCGCUACGGUUAGUUCAGAAGUAUUUAAACAAGCACAACCAGCGCUUCUUUAUCUUGUUCCAUUCACGCUUCUUCCACUUCUCACCAUGGCUUAUCUGAAAGGUGAUCUAAGACGCAUGUGGACGGAACCUUUCACUGGAACAACAAGUGUAUCGAAACAGCUAGAAGUCUAAUAUUUAAAAAAGAGUCUAUUCGAUAAAAACUGCAAAUACAAAUUGUAAUAAAGCAUUCAUGUUGGUUUAUUAUAACGCGAAAAAAAUUCAGAGUAUUAAAAUGUCAUUAGUUUAAGAAUAUCAUUGAUGAACAAAGGAAAAGAAGAAAUCGCCGAAAAUGAGAUUCUUAUAAAGAAGAAAUUAAAGAAAAAGUUUUAAUUUUAAACUACAUUGAACACACAUUUACAUUCAUGUCACCCCCGAACAAUUAUUAUUAUUUUUAUUAAUAUAAUUUAUGUUUCUGUUAGUAUAAAUUUCAUUUGCUGAGAUUUAAAUGAAGAGUUUACAUCGACUUCAAACUUAUAAUUAUUUUGCAGUUCAUUUAUUAACUGUGUCAAUGUAAGAUGUAAACAAUAAUCAAGAAAUAUUGAUCGUUGUCGAUGUGAAAAGAAAUUCAUUUAAAAAUCAUUUGCAUGUAGAAAGUAAAAACAUCAGAGAUUCCGACAACGAUAAUUAAGGGUGAUGAUGUCUUAUGAUAAAUCAAUGAUUAAUGUUCAGUGAUAAGGAAACCGAUUUUAUGCGAAUAUAUGAUCAAUUUUUACAUAAAGAGAAACGAACCAAAACUUUAUUCUCCAAUGACUUCAUUGAGUUAAUUAGCUUUUAUUUUUUCUUCAUCGCACAUAUAUUCGCUACAUAAUUACUUUAAAAUAUAUGUUGAACCACCUGACGUUUAUUAAAUAAAAUCAUGUACUGCAAAUAAUAAAAAACAAUCAGAAGAUUUAUGUGCUAUCUUCAAAAGACAUCAAUCGCCCUUUUUGUAUUAGAAAGUUCAAAUGAAUGAAGAAAUUUGAAUGUCUGAUUAGUAAGAGCUUGUCUAAGGAAUAAUUUAACUUUAAAAACUUAAGUUUUAUAUUUUUCAAGUUAAAAAAAUCAAAUUCUUUUUUACUUUUACUAGAGAGAAUGGAGAUUUAGGUUUUUUAUCUUCUCCACUCUAUAAAAAUGGAAAAUAAAACUCAUAAAAAUGUUAUUUAUACAAG